AUGGUCUCGUUGUUUUGCUUCGGCGCACCGCCGGUUGAUCCGGCGACGAAGAAGGCGCUUGCACUUCCGAUCAUCAAUCCGCUCAACCGCCAUGGCAGGAUCUUCUGGUACGCGAUGCCGCCACUCCUAGCCGCCACGAUCAAGCGCGACCUCGCUUUGACGGACGACGAGGUCGCCAACUCGAAUAUCGUCGCUGGCGUCACCUCGCUCAUCGUCCGCCUGAUCGCGGGACCGCUGUGCGACAGGAUCGGACCGCGCUACGUCCUCGUCGGCACGCUCUUUCUCUCGGCCAUCCCCUGCGGCGCUGCCGGUACAGCCCGCAACGCAACCGGUCUCUACUUCAUUCGCUUCUUCAUGGGCAUCGCUGGAGCUGCAUUCGUGCCAUGUCAGGCUUUGAUGGCUGCAUGGUUCGACAAGCGCGUCAUUGGCACUGCGUCGGCCUUUGCAGCGGGUUGGGGAGAUGCUGGUGUCGGAGUGACUUUCUUCGUUAUGCCCGCCGUCUUCGACUCCUUUCUCGCCAGCCACAACCAGCCCGAGCAUAUCGCCUGGCGCCUCAGCUUCAUCGUCCCCGGCAUCCUUCUGAUCGUGUGCGGUAUCGCCGUCCUCGCGCUCAAUGACGACACCCCGACCGGCUCGUGGUCAACUCGCAACCUCGACAUCUCUCGCCAGUCCCCCCAAUCCGUCUUUGAUUCGGCUUCCUCGUCAACCACCCUCCUCGCCCGGCCGUCUCCCGCUUACCACAAGACGCCGAAGUCCCAGCAAGACCUCGAAAAAGGCCAGGCUACGGUGUCUGAGGUCCGCCGAUGCCGGUCGGAUGUACAGGAUACGGCGGUUGCCUCCAUGCAGCCGAACGUUGGCCGCCAUCCCCUGCGCGACCUCUGCUGCAUCCAGACGCUCAUGCUCGCCGCCGCCUAUGCCUCAACUUUCGGCACCGCCCUCGUCGGCAACUCGAUCCUCGUGAGCUGGUACAUGAGCAAAUUCGGCUGGCAGCAGGGCGAGGCGGGCAAGUGGGCGGCGUUGUUCGGGCUGUUGAACGUCGUCGCCCGACCCUUUGGCGGGUUGAUGGCCGACGUUUGGUACAGGACGCUCGGCGAGCAGCGCGGUCUUCACGCGAAGAAAUUCUGGAUGAGCGCGCUCUGCGUCCUCGGCGGCGCCUUCGCCCUCCUCGUCGGCCUUCUCAACCCCAACUCGCCGGCCAUCCUGAUCCUCCUCGCCUCCCUCCUCGCCAUCUCGAUCGAGGCCGGUAACGGGGCUGUCUACGCGGUUGUACCGCACGUCAAUCCGCACAUCAAUGGCCUGAUGGGCGGCAUCACAGGCGCUUCCGGCAAUCUCGGCGGCAUUGCCUUCAGCGUUAUCGCUCGCCACAGCUCGUUCGCGAAGACGGUGUGGAUCACUGGCGCUUGCGGUGUCGUCAUUGGCCUCCUCAUCACGCCGAUACCGCCGCUGCCGAAACGCAUGCGCAGUGUACUCUGUAAGACCACGCUUUUCACACGAGUUUCCGGCCGCGACGCCCGCAUCAAUUGGAUCUGCAACCCGGUCCACAGGCGUCGCGAGUCGCGCGGACUCACGUCGGCCGGCAAGCAGAACCGUGGCCUCGGCAAGGGUCACAGCUACCACAAGUCGAACCGCCGUGCCCAGUGGCCCAAGCAUAACACCCUGUCGCUCCGCCGAUACCGCUGA